AUGGACGUAGUGCAAGGCAAACUCUAUGGCGUCAUGGCAUUGGGGCAAUUAAAAAGAAAUUUAGCACCUUUGCCCAUUCCCGGUUGGCAUGGUCUGUGGGGAGUUGGGAAGACAAGAGCUGUAAGGGAAUUGCUUUCCUCUUCAGCCGACCGAACCACUUGGCCUCUUGCCUCGGGACAGUUGGCCAGAACAGCCGGACUCGUGUGUUCUUGA